AUGUCAUCUCUGUCGCGUCGCGCAUGUUACAAGUGCGGCAAUGUUGGCCAUUAUGCAGAGGUCUGCACCUCUUCCGAGAGGUUGUGUUACAACUGCAAGCAGCCUGGUCAUGAGUCCAAUAUGUGCCCCCGACCUCGCACAACUGAGACGAAGCAAUGCUAUCAUUGCCAAGGUCUAGGCCAUGUCCAGGCUGAUUGCCCAACCUUGCGCAUCAGUGGUGGUCCAGCUGGUGGUCGCUGCUAUUCUUGUGGUCUGAUCGGCCAUCUGGCUCGCAAUUGCCCAACUCCUAAUGCGGGACCCCCUCAUCCACGUGGUCCUGGUGGUCGUGGUGGCUUCGCUGGAGGUUACAGAACGGGCUACAAUGUGACCACCAACCGUGCCGCCACUUGCUAUAAGUGCGGCGGUCCCAAUCAUUAUGCUCGCGAUUGCCAAGCGCAAGCGAUGAAAUGCUACGCUUGUGGAAAACUUGGUCACAUCUCUCGCGACUGCACUGCUCCCAAUGGAGGCCCACUCAAUGCGGCUGGCAAAACCUGCUACAAGUGCAGAGAACCCGGCCAUAUCAGCAAGGACUGCCCUAACACAGAAGUCAACGGAACAGCGCCAGUCAUUCCUAACGGGACUACUGCUGAUGUACCUGCUCCUGCUCCUGCAGCUGACACACAGGACGUUGCCGUCGCGGCUGCCCCUACCGCCUCCGUGGCAUAA